UCGCAGCGGGGAAGCGGGGGAGGAGGCCCAGCGGCGAGCUGGCUUCCUCCUGGCCACUCGCUGGGGUGAGGGGAAGCCGGAGGAGCCCGAGGGGAAGCCGGAGGAACCCGAGAGGAAGCCGGAGGAACCCGGGAGGAAGCGGAGAAGCCAGCCGGAGGCGGCGGCGGCGGCGGCGGCGGCGGCGGCUCCCGUCGGUCUCCGGCGAGACUGGCUGCAGGGAGGCCUGAAAGCGGGCGGAGAGGAGAGCGGGAGGCCGGAGCUUAUUUAAUGAAAAGUGCUGUAGAUUGAAAAACCAAACAUGAGGGUAGCAGGUGCUGCAAAGUUGGUGGUAGCUGUGGCAGUAUUUUUACUGACAUUCUAUGUUAUAUCUCAAGUAUUUGAAAUAAAAAUGGAUGCAAGUUUAGGAAAUCUAUUUGCAAGGUCAGCAUUGGACACAGCUGCACGUCCUACAAAACCUCCCAGAUAUAAAUGUGGGAUCUCAAAAGCUUGCCCUGAAAAGCAUUUUGCUUUUAAAAUGGCAAGUGGAGCAGCCAAUGUGGUGGGACCCAAAAUCUGCCUGGAGGACAAUGUUUUAAUGAGUGGUGUUAAGAAUAAUGUUGGAAGAGGGAUCAAUGUUGCCUUGGUAAAUGGGAAGACAGGAGAACUAUUAGACACCAGAUAUUUCGACAUGUGGGGAGGAAAUGUGGCUCCGUUUAUUGAGUUUCUUAAGUCCAUACAAGAUGGAACAAUAGUCUUAAUGGGAACAUACGAUGAUGGAGCAACCAAACUCAAUGAUGAAGCAAGGCGGCUCAUUGCUGAAUUGGGGAGUACAUCCAUUAUUAAUCUUGGUUUCAGAGACAACUGGGUCUUCUGUGGUGGGAAAGGCAUUAAGACAAAAAGCCCUUUUGAACAGCACAUAAAGAACAAUAAGGACACAAACAAAUAUGAAGGAUGGCCCGAAGUUGUGGAAAUGGAAGGAUGCAUCCCCCAGAAGCAAGACUGACAUGGAGCAAACUGAAGGGCACCCACGGUCACUAUUAAUGGGGAAGCUGUAACAGAACAAGUACAUGUAAAUAUUUUAAGAGCAUGCAGUCAUCUCGGUGUAUGCAUGAACAGUCUCUCUUUUGAUAUCAGGAUUAUUUAUUGCUAACGUAAAUAGGUAUCUUUGUAAAUAGUCAUCAUGAGAAGCAAAUCAUUGAAGUGUUUCUUAGCACAUCUCCGUAAUGAUACAAUGUUUAGACUGCUAUGAUAAUGCCAUCUUUUAAUUCUAAAAGCAUACCCAGUGGAUAACUGAACAGAUUGGAAAAAUAGAGGGGUAUAUAUACAAGUUGCGAUGAAAAUCUAUCAUGGAAUAAUAUGGAUUUUAGGGAAGAGACUUUGUUUCUUUUAUAUAUAUAUUGCCUUUGAUGAUAGUAUCUUUUAAAUUAAAAAGAUAUUUGGCAAGUUGUAUGUGUAAUAUGUACAGUCUGACUUUUCUGUGGUACUUCUUUUCGUAGUCUUUCUCUUCCCAUCCCAAGAAACCUAGAAAUAAAAUAUGAAGACUUCUAUCAAAUAUGUGAAAAGCACAACAGAAUUCUUUUUUUAAGUGUACACAGGAGAAAGUAAAUAUAUCAAGGCAGAUGGCGUUCAAGACUGUAGCUUGCUGGAUUUGGUGUUAGCAGUGGGAAUCACUUAAUUUCGUAUGAGCCGUUUAGAGUACGGCUGCUCAGAGUAAGAGCUGAGGGGCCGCCAAGUCCCUUCGCAGCCUCCGUAGGUCCUUCAGGAAAGCAUGUCAGUAUAGUUAGAGCAACACUGGCCUAAGUUGUCCUCAUUUAAUUGUUAUCACAAUGGACCAAGUGGCUUAGAAAGAGGCAUGCUUUAAUAUUAACAAUAAUUUUGAUUUGUAAACCAAGAAAUUCUGUUACUUACGUUCAUCUAACUUCCUCACAGCAGUUUCUGCCUGAAAAGAUAACGACGUAUUUAGAAAAGUCCUAAUGACUGAUUGGAACUAAUAAUGUCUAAAACAUAUUUUAUUUGAUACACAAUGACUUUGUAAUCAAUUCUGCAUAAAAAUAUAAGAGAUCUAACUUUUUUGUUAACCUCAGAUAUUUGCAAAAUGACUCAAGUUUUUAAAAUAUUUUUAGGGCAUUAAAUAUCUACCGUGUAUGAAGGAUCUUAAACUGGAGCAUUGAAAAUGCAAUGACCAAGCAGCCAUUCACAAUAAAAGGCAGUCCUUAAAUUCUAGAUCUAAGUUUUAGGUGAUUUAUAUAUAGAAAAACUAAAAGCAGUAUUUUUUAUUUUGCUGUAACCAAGUUGGAAGUUAUUCAGCUACUUCUUAAAUAUCAGUGAGUUUGGGGGUACUCUUUCCUCCCCCAGACCGAAUGUAAUUCAUGGUUAAGUGCACCUUACACAUUCACAAUUUUUGUAAACUUUUCGGAUUUUUGGCGCUGUUAUGCUACACCACAGUCAGCAUGUGUAUUUUGACAUUUAAAAUACUUCCCUCGCUUCUGCAAAUUAAAAGAUUAGCUAUUUUAGAUUUCCAGAGAUUGUGAAAUAAAUGUUGCUUUUUUUAAAAAAAAAAAAAGAGAAAGAGAAUAAAUACUCUUGAUUUGGCAUUGUGAAUUUUUUUGUAUUACCUGACCAGUGAUAUGACCACAGAACUUCACACUGAGAUCUGUCGAGCAUUUAUUGUACUGCUUAACAUGCAAAAUUUAAGUCAUUCCUAUGGUUAAACACACCCAUUUCCUCAGGCUGUAUCUUAACAUGGAUAGAAUUUAAGUAUCGAAAUGGCAGGACACCCUUUCAUGUUACAAGGACUGUAACAUGAUAGUUUUGUAGAGGUGUAUAAAAUGCCAGAAGAAGGGAUAAAGAUUGAUUAUGUAACUGCUUUCAUGCAGUGUGCUUUUGUUUCAAUUCUGUCUUGCAUAGAUUAUGCCAGCUUAACUUUGGAAGCAAUAAUUUUACUGUAUUUUAUUUUCAGAUAGCUUUCAAAAAUCAGCAUUGCAAAAUGUAGCAAUACUCAUUUAACAUUAAGAAUUUUCAUUAAAAUAAAAAAUUUGGCAUUGAUACUCUGGUAUUUUAAAUGAUGUUUAAAGACAUAUGGAUAUGUUUGUUUGUUUGUUUGUUUUUGUAAUCAUACAUGCUGUCCCAAAACAAGUGUAUUGUAAUAUGCCUGUUAAAAUUCAGCAAAGACAGUAAAAAAAUAAGUGCUAUGUGGGAAAUUAAAGAAAAAUUGAGCCAGAAUCUUUAUAUUCCUGACUUUAAUUUGAUUAAAGCGAAAUUUAUCACUGUU